GACACCGUACACCCCUUCCCUGGCGCUUUAUGGGCUGUUUCGUCUUUGGCUCUGGUUGGGGUCCAGCCCACUAAGGCUCCAUGCGGCACAUCCAUGCUGAGGCGUCCCUCCCCCAGGAGCAUGGCACGGACUCGGGCCUGUCCCGGCCAGGCAGCCAGGCGGCCUUGGAGCCCGCCCCAGAGCGCUGCCCCCGCCGCAGCAUCGUGAUGGGCUACAACAAGACAGAGAUCAAGCGCCAGAAGGUUUACCAGGUCUCCAUCUUCUCCCACCUCUCCAGCUCCUCCGAGCCGGCAGACCAGAGAGCUGGGGGUGGGCGGCAGGCCAUCAAGAGAGGGUACCCAGAGCAGUGGGCUCCGGAGGCUGGGCGGGAUCCCAAGCGAGCCCACUGGGGGGCUACGGGGGCUGAGGCCAGGCAGGACGGGGUCCCUGGGGAGCUGCCCCCUGGCCAGGACUCCCCAGACGAUGACGCCUUGGAGGACGGGCUGCUGGUGGAGGAGCUGUCCCUUUGCGGCUCGGCCCAGCACUUCUCCCACAGCGGCCUACGAGUGGUGGAGCACCGAUGUGAAGGCAGCCCUGGCCGGGCAGGGGCCCGGGAGGGCAGCCCCAGGGCCUGCAGAGAGGACAGAUGGCGGGAGGCUGCCUCCUCCUGGCCACAGCACACAGCUUGCAGCACUUUGCACAUGAGAGACAGUCGCCCUGCCCAGCUUGGGGAUGGCCCCCUGGGGAGUCCCAGAGCCUGUGGCUCAGUGGGGGGCAGGGAGUUCCCCUGGCUGGCGGGAGCCAGGGAGCAGCCUGCGGAGGGGAACGGGGCCCAGAGGGAGGAAAGGGCUAGCAGCCAAAAUCUACUUGACAUUGAUUUGCACAAUAUUGCACAAAAAUCCUGGGCAGCCUCGGGUGGGAGGGGGGAGGAGCAGCCAGGGGGCAGCCCCGCCCACAGCAACGGGGCUGGUAGAGAAGGGGAGCCGCUGACUGGGCACAAGGAGCCCAGCACCCCACAGGUGGCCCCAGACCCCGAGAGCAACGGCCUGGGCUCCUUGGAGAAAACGCCCUGUGUGGGCAGCAGGCUCCCCGGGGCCGGCGGGGGCAGCUGCGCAGCUAAGAGGAAGCUGCUGCCCUCGGGCGAAGGCGUGGCGGACUCGUGUUCGGAAGACGAGAGCGUGGUGCCGGCGAGGAAGAAGAGGGUCCCGCUGUGCCACCCCAUCCUGACUGCCUGCCGCAGCACCGACGCCAAGGGCGCCCCCUUCUGGAACCACCUGCUUCCAGGAGCCAAGAGCUCAGCAGGUGGCACUGCGGUGGGGCGAAGGCUAAAGAGUGGGCUGCGCCUGAAAUCCAGCCAUUGUCACCUGGCCUCCUCCUUAGCCCUUUGUUCUCCAGCUGGUCAGACCCCGCUGGCUUCCUGCCGAGGGUCGGCCAUUCGUGGUCCCCCGGCUGCACCCCAGCCUUGCCCCCUCCCCACAGCUGACCUGCUCUCUCCCCAUUUCCAGACCUUAUUUAACCCUAACAAAACUGUGGUGAAGAUGUUCCUGGUGACGUACGACUUCCAGGACAUGCCAGCCAACCACAUGACCUUUCUGCGUCACCGCAUCUUCCUGGUGCCCGUGGGGGAGGAAGGGCCCGGCGAGACACCCAGCGACCCAGCCUGCGCCAGCCCGCCCAGGAGGGUCCUCUGCUACCUGAUGCACCUGAGGUUUCACAGCUCCAAGUCGGGGAAGAUCUACCUUCACGACGACAUCCGGCUGCUCUUCUCCCGCAAGUCGAUCGAGGUCGACUCGGGAAUCCCCUACGAACUGAAAUCCUUCACGGAGAUGCCAAGGAACCCCUGCUACUCACCCCGGGCCUGAGCGCGGGGAGUCCCACGCCCCCCUCUCCACCCUCACCCCUGCACUUCGGAGACAAGUAAAGGGCAAGAGAGCGGAGCCGUCUCCUCCCCCAGAGGUGGGGUGGUGAGGCACAGACACACCCCUCCCUUGACAGAUCUUUGCGCCUGUGCCAGAGAGUGAGCACGAGGGGGGAGCAGGAUGGGAUCAUGGAGAUGGCUGCAUGGCGUGAGCAGGAGCUGGUGCGCUGGCUCCUGUGCCCCCAGCGGGUCAGAGACACUCCUAGGCCUCUGGCAGCACAGCUCCAAGCCGUGCCCUUCAAGGGAGGCUCGGGGGCAGGAGGGCCCUCGGUCUGUGGGGCUCGGAUUGGGCGGAGCUGAGCUGGCUCCCAGGCUGUGGGGAGGGAUGGAGCAGAUGGCAGCUCUCAGAGGGGGAGGUACUGUAUUUAUUAGUAUUUAUUGUUGGUGGGGAGCCAGGAUGGAGGGUCCACGGUGUGGCUCGUAACCCAGCCUUGAUCACAAGUGCAGCGAGUCCGAUGGGCUCUGCUCUUGGUGCCCUGUGCAUGUCGCACGCCCAGCUGCGCAGCCCAGCAUGACAGCAGGAGCUGAGCAAGAGACGCGCAGGACUGGAAUAGCAGGGGAGACUGAGUCAGGAUUGAGGGGUAUCAACAGAACUGGUUGGUAGGACUGGGGCUGUGGGUUGGG